UUCUGACAAUAGUUUUGUAAUAACUUUUGCGCGAUCUUUCUGACCUUAAAAACUCCGAUAAUAUAGUAUGUUAUUUAAUUGGAGUGGAGCGUCGGAGUAGUUCGUAUUGUCUAGAACAUUAUUUCAUUUAUAAAGAUGCCUAGUGUGGUUACUGUGGACACUAACCCCUUUGAGGGCCAAAAGCCGGGAACAAGUGGUUUACGUAAAAAAGUUAAGGUUUUCGUUCAAGAACACUAUACAGAGAACUUUGUGCAGAGUAUUUUGGAUGCGAAUAAAGACUCCUUGAAGGGUUCCACGCUGGUAGUUGGUGGAGAUGGCCGGUAUCUCGUGAAAGAAGUCGUAGACAAAAUUAUCAAGAUCUCGGCUGCUAAUGGAGUGGGAAAACUGCUGGUUGGUCAGAAUGGCAUCCUGUCAACUCCUGCCGUCUCCUGCAUCAUCAGGAAAUACAAGGCUCUUGGUGGCAUCGUACUCACAGCCUCCCACAACCCAGGCGGCAUAGACAAUGACUUCGGCAUAAAGUUCAACUGCGCUAACGGAGGCCCCGCCCCCGAUGGAACGACCAAUCAGAUCUAUGCGCUAACGACCGCCAUCAAACAGUACAAGAUUGUGCCUGAUCUUGUCUGUGAUAUUAAUAAGAUUGGUGUCAGUAAUUAUGAUAUCGACGGCAACAAAUUCACAGUAGAAGUGAUAGAUUCAGUGAACGACUAUGUGGCUUACAUGAAGGAGAUAUUUGACUUCAACAAGAUCAAGGCUUUGAUCCAGGGGACUGAGAAGCGCAAGCCGUUUAAUGUACUCAUUGAUUCUAUGAAUGGAGUAACGGGCCCCUACGUAAAGCGCAUAUUCCUAGACGAGCUGGGCGCCAAGGAAGGAAACGUGCGUCGCAUAGUUCCGCUCGAAGACUUCGGGGGCGCUCAUCCGGACCCCAACCUGACCUAUGCAGCUGACUUAGUUAAUGCGGUGAAAGGGGGGGACUAUGAUUUGGGAGCCGCUUUUGAUGGUGAUGGUGACCGCAACAUGAUAAUCGGUCGCGAUGCGUUCUUCGUGACUCCCUCCGACUCUUUAGCCGUACUAGCGAACAAUUUGCAGCACAUUCCGUACUUUGAGCGCACGGGCGUCCGCGGGUACGCGCGGUCGAUGCCGACGGCCGCGGCCGUGGAUAGAGUCGCGGAAGCUACGGGACAUGAAAUGUUUGAGGUGCCUACUGGCUGGAAAUACUUCGGCAACCUAAUGGACGCUGGUCGCCUCUCGCUCUGUGGAGAAGAAAGCUUCGGCACCGGCUCUGACCACGUGCGGGAGAAGGAUGGGCUCUGGGCAGCUCUCGCCUGGCUGUCAGUGCUGGCGGCCACCGGACUGUCCGUCGAGGAUAUACUGAAGGCGCACUGGGCGAAGUUCGGCAGGAAUUACUUUACCAGAUACGACUACGAGGAAUGCGCCAGCGACCCCUGCAACGAGAUGAUGCAGACUCUCGAGAAGAAGAUCACAUCUCCCGGCUUCGUCGGCUCUUCUCACAGCAGCGGUGGCAAGACUUACGUCGUGAAGCAAGCUGAUAACUUCUCUUACAUGGACCCUAUAGAUCAGAGCGUGGCUAUGAAGCAGGGUCUCCGCAUUAUCUUCGAGGAUGGUUCCCGUAUCGUCCUGCGACUCAGCGGCACUGGUAGUUCAGGAGCUACUGUCAGAUUGUACAUAGACUCGUACGAGGCUACCAACGUGUUGGGCGACGCGCAAGUCAUGCUCAAACCUCUGAUAGACGUCGCGUUACAAAUCUCCGAGCUAGCCAAGUACACGGGACGGGAUGCACCCACUGUUAUCACAUAAGUUCAUAUAUAUAUAUAAAAGACAUUAUAAUAUAAUGCCCAGUUGUUAUGUACCAAAAAUAUGUAAAAAUCAAGUUUUGUAACAGAUUCAAUGUGAAAUAUUUUAGCAUUUUUUUAAAUAAGUGUGUUAUGAUUGAAUAUACGCAUGCAUACCUAAAUGACAAAUGAACGUUACUAUAAUCAUCGGCAAGGAUAUUGAGCCCUGACCUUCACCUGCGCAGAAGUGAUAUAUUGGUUUAUUGCCUUAAGUGAACAGUGCGCAAAGCGAUCCCCACUCUUCCGCCGAGAGCUCAUUAUCCGUGCGCAUAACUAUAACAUUUUGUACUUUUUUAUAUGCCAAAUCAAUCAUAGGGCAAACACCUAUUAUGGGGGCCGAUUAUUCAAUCAUCGAUUUUUCUAUCGGCUUUAAAUGUCACAAACUUGAAAUAAAUGCAUGGAAUUUUCCUUUUUUUUCUUAAGAACACAUAAUUUUGUCUUGCCAAAAAUUGUAUAUUUUCUACAAGAUGCAAAUAUAACUCGCAAAGUUAUUUUUUUAUUUAAGUUGUACGGAGUGUUGCCAAUAUAUUUAAAGUUAAGAAAUAAUAUGUGUAUAUUUCUUAUUUAUAAAUAGUACCAUAAAUACAUAAUUCACUUUAAAAUAAGUAAAAGUUUAAAGUUUAUUUAUAAACAUUUAUUUAAUCACAAAACGAAUUAUAAUAAGUAAUACAUUUUGCUAUUUUUUUUUUAUAUUUACAUGUUAUAUGAUUUUCUAAUUGGAUUUUGUUCUUAUAUGUAAAAAAAAUGUUGUUUUUAUACAUUAUGUCCAUUGUUUAUAAAUUAAUAACCUAUUUAUAAAAUAAAUGUUGUUUAAAUUAA